CAGCGGGCACCGCGUCAUCUGGCAAGGCAGUGGGCUCCGAGUCAACAGGCAACAGAGGGCACCGGGUCAUCAGGUACCGGAUUGUCUGGCUCGACAGCGGGCAUCGGGUCACCAGGUAUGACAGCGGGCACUGGGUCACCAGGCAUCAGGUCAUUUGGCUCGACAGCGGGCACCGCGUCAUCUGGCAAGGCAGUGGGCUCCGAGUCAACUGGUAUUGGAUCGUCUGACUGGACAGCGGGCAUCGGGUCACCAGGCAUCAGGUCAUUUGGCUCGACAGCGGGCACCGCAUCAUCUGGCAAGGCAGUGGGCACCGGGUCACCAGGCAUUGGAUCGUCUGGCUGGAUCAGUUCAUCAUGCUGGGUAGAGGCAUCAGGCUGAAUGCCGGCGUCCGGCUGAGUAGAGGCAUCAGGCUGAGUAGAGGCUUCAGGCUGAGUAGAGGAUUCAGGCUGAGUAGAGGAUUCAGGCUGAGUAGAGGCAUCAGGCCGAGUAGAGGCAUCAGGCUGAGUAGAGGCUUCAGGCUGAACCACGGAAGGCAGGCUCACUGAGUACAGGUUAGAGGCUGGAUACUGAAGGCA